CUCUCUCUCUCGCUUUAUAUCUCUCCCUCCAUUCUCUCUCUCUCUCUCUCUCUCUCUCGCUUUUAGUAUUCCUUUCUUUCAGACACAUCUGAGACACAGAGACACACACACACUUCACGGCUAUUUCGUUCCUUGGCAGGGUCGAUGAGGUUCACGUUCCGCUCCGAUGACCACAUGGUCAUCACCAUCCCCCUGGGCAGCCUGCGUGCGAUCCGCGAGGGUCAGCUGAUGCCCGACAGGUUCAACUGCGUCUUUAAGGACGUCUACAAAGUGUUCCUGAGGGGCGAGCCCAAGGCCUUAGGGGUGUCUCAGCUGGUGGCCGGAGUCUUCAUCAUCUGCCUUGAGGUUCUGCUCCACCAUGAGAUGGGUCCCGGCCAAUGGGUGGGCUUGAUGAAGCCGCCGCUCUACACGCUGGCCAGCACACUGUUCAUCAUUUCUGGAAUAUUGUCAUACGUGGCAGGACACAUCCCUCAUAUGGCCAUUAUGAAACUGUCAUUUGCCUGCAAUAUUGUGUGCAUCUUCGGGGCGCUUUCUGGGGUUACUCUGUGUGGACUAACAGAGUCUGUAACUAAGGGACAGGACUUGAGUCAUGCGAUCGGACUGAAAGCUGUGAUGGGAACACUUCUCGUUGGAGAGAUGCUGGUUGCCAUAGUGAUGGUGUACUGGGAGAGUAAGGCCGUGUGCCGAGACUACUUCAACAUGCUGCCCUCGAUCACCCUGAAGCAGGAGCCCUGAUGCUGGAUUCUGGAUGACUAUCAGUCACACACACACAAACACACACACUCUCUCUCUCUCUCUCACACACACACACACACACACACACACACA